UUUCCGAUCAGUUAGGAGUUAGGAUCCGGUACUACACGAUUCUGUGGUCAAGUCAUAGUUCGUUCCGUGCGCGUGUAGAUUUUGUCGAUUUUUGUGUUAUUACUAAUAAUUUGUCGAAUAUAUUGUUUCUUUUGACGGCUCUGUAUGACGAUUCUCUCAUUGGAAGAGUAGUCCUUUUCUUCCACUGUGUUUAGAUAACAAGAAACAAUGUCAAACGGAGGAAGCGGCAACGGUGGCAAUUCCACCAGUGGAGGCGGCAACAGUGGUGGCAAUGCCGGAGCAGGAGAUCACGAAGACGAAGGUUUCGUUGUUAAAGUACGAGGACUCCCAUGGUCCACAACAGUCGAUGAAAUUCUCAAAUUCUUUAGUGACUGCAGCAUUUGUCAUGGCAAAGCUGGUAUACACAUGACCAUGUCCCGGGAAGGUCGUCCUAGUGGGGAAGCAUACAUAGAAAUGGAUUCCGACGCUGACAUUGAAAAAGCUUGCAAGAAAGAUAGGGAUCACAUGGGUCAUAGAUACAUAGAAGUUUUUAAAGCCAAGCGGGGAGAAAUGGAGUGGGUUGUGAAACGGAGUGGCCUGAAUCUCGAAAAUGCCAUGGAUGAUGGCUGUGUAAGACUGCGAGGUUUACCCUUUGGCUGUUCCAAAGAAGAAAUAGCCCAAUUUUUCUCAGGGUUGGAGAUAUUGCCGAACGGGAUUUCGCUACCAACAGACUACACGGGCCGCAGUACUGGGGAGGCUUACGUUCAAUUUGUUAACAAAGAUGUCGCGGAGCGCGCUCUGCAGAAACACAAGGAAAAGAUAGGACACAGAUAUAUCGAGAUAUUCCGAAGCAGUUUGUCCGAAGUCCGAGCGAGUAUUGGACCGAAAAUGCGCACAGGACCCAUGGGAGGUAGUGGAUUCAGUCAGAGACCAACUCCUUAUGCACGGGGCGAUCGAUUUGGUGGCAUAAAUCGAUUUGCCAAUAAUGGAAGAGGCGCCCGAAACAGAGAUUUCGAUGGUAGUCCAUGGGCAGGCUCAAACAAUUUCUCAGCUCGGGGUGGAAACAUGCCAAUGCGCGGGAGCAUGGAAAUGAAGAACGUCAAUUUCCGUGGCAGUGGGGACAAUUGGAGUGGCAAUUCGGGAGGUGGUAUGCAUUGCAUACACAUGAGAGGUUUGCCAUUCAGAGCAACGGAACAAGAUAUUGCCGACUUUUUCAGACCUGUAGUACCUGUCAACAUUCGAAUAAUAAUGGAAAACAGUGGUCGUGCAUCAGGCGAAGCAGACGUUGAGUUCGGGAGUCAUGAAGAAGCCGUCAAAGCAAUGACCAAGGAUAAAAGCCACAUGUCGCACAGGUACAUCGAACUAUUUUUGAAUUCGUCCAGUGGUUCCAGUGGCGGGGGAAUGUCUCUCGGUGGAAUUGGAAAUUUCUGCGGAGGUUUGGGGAAUAAUUUCAGACCAGGAUUUUCCCCGAACAACAGAGGUUACAACAGUCAACUUGGCGGUAACAAUUACAACAGUUUCUAAAAUGUAAGCUCGCCUAAAUUUCGGCUAAAAUAGAGGUUAAAUGGGUCGUUUGCAUAAGCAACAACAAAAACUAAAACAAAACACAAAGCAAGAACUAGAGAAAAAUCUCUUUUCUCUCGUCUCUCGAUCGAUGUCUAAUUUAAAUUCACACUUUACGAUACGGAAAUCGAGCUCUCUCCGAAUAUCAAUUCAUUGAAUCUUUCCACCCAUUACGAAGGAUUAACGUUAAUGCUAAAAUGACAAACAGCAAAAACAAAAAUCGAGUUGUUAGCUACUCCGAGUAUUUCUUAAAUGUUAACGUUGCAGUUGCGUCUUCAAUUUAUUGGCCUGUCGAAUAUUCAUUUGUUUAAUGAAACUUAUCAACAAGUGUUUCUUGCUCUUUUUAAUUCAUCAUUACAUUACGUGACUAGGCAGGUCUCAUUUUUAAAUUAGAAACUCCAUUCAGUCGUCUUCAAUCAAGAAACAAAUGAGGAAAAAUCGAGAUAUCAACUCAUUUGAAAUAGUUGCUCGUUGCUCAGUUUUUUCGAUAUCAUACGAUAAUCUAAUUACUUGAAAAUCAUGAGAAAUCCUAUAUGAAUUUGUAGUCUUGCGCAAAAUCUAAAAAUGAGAAUGGAACGAUAAUGAUCACUGUUGUACGGAAGCUCGGUACGAAAUGUCCAAAAAAUUAUAUUUUGUACGGAAUCGAUGAUAAAUAUGUAGAGGGAAAACGAAUGAAAAAAAAAACUUAUUUGAUUAAAUCCGACGAUAUAAGUUCAACUUAUCGUGCAAUUUGACAGUCCACUCAAUCUACUAUUAUUACAACCGUAAGAACGUAUUAUUUAAGCGAGUUGUACUUUGAAACAAUAAGAAUAAAUGAGACUAAUGACUUA